AUGAAGGUCCUCUCGAAAGAAGAAGAAAAUGCCCACUACAGAGCCGUUCUGCGUGGAGGCACAGUCGGCACUUUCCUCGGCCUUGUGGGCGGCACGGCUGCCCUGCUUGCGGCCUCCAAGCGCGUCCCGACCAUCAAGAACCUCACCCUCCCCAUGAAAGCCUUCCUCGUCACCUCCUCCGGCACAUUCGUCGGCAUCAUCGCCGCAGACCACAGCUCGCGCUCCUUCGAGGCCUCCCAACACAGCGAACACGCCUUCCUCGGCGAGCGGGAAGCGCGCCUGCGCCAGGAAGAACUGGCCUCCAUGUCCUCCUCGGACCGCAUGUGGGCCUUCAUCCGCAAGGAGAAAUACAAGAUCAUGACCGUGUCGUGGGCUGCCAGCAUGGUCGCCGCGUGGGUGAUGGUAAGCCGGAACCCGACCCUGACCAAAGGCCAGAAGAUCGUCCAGGCCCGUGUGUAUGCCCAGGGCUUGACGUUGGCGGUCAUGUGCGGCACCGCUGCGAUGGAGAUCAGCGACCAGCGGAAGGGCCGCGGUCUGCUGGACAAGAUGAAGGAGAAGCAGGCCAAGACGGCGGAGAAGGAGAACGCCGGCUCGAAGAAGAAGAAGGAGCGCUACCAGGGUGAGGAGCUGUGGAAGGAUAUGGUUGAGGCCGAGGAGGAGAGGCUGAAUGCGAGAGAUGCGCAGAAGCAGAAGCUGGAGCAGCAGGCGCAGAAACACUGAGCCGGCCGUGGUUCAUUCGAAAGUCACAGAGGCCUACUACUACCUACUACUACUACUACUACU